AGAAGAAAAUCUAUAUUCACAAAUCACAAUCUAACGCAAGAGACGGUGAAAAACUACUAGUGAAUAAUGUAAUGAAAGUAUUGUCUGUAUGUGUUAUAAAUACACAUCCCCACUCGCUGAGAGUCGGAAGUUGAAAAAAAAAAUGAAGAUGCUAAAAGCGUGCAUUGCAUUAACUGCACUCCUCCUGCUGACGUGGCAGGGCUCCGCCCAGACCCCCGCGUCGGAGUAUUUAGCGGCGCACAACCAAGCGAGAGGCGAGGUGGGCGUGGGGCCCCUCCAAUGGAGCGAGGCGCUGGCCAAAUCGGCGAGCCUGACGGCGCGGCUGCAGCGCGACAAGCACAACUGCAGCUUCGCCGACCUCAGCAAGAGCCGCUACGGCGCCAACCAGCUCUGGGCGGGCGGCUUACCCGUCACGCCCAAAGCCGCCGUGGAGGCCUGGGUGGCGGAGAAGAAGUUCUAUAACUACGCCGACAACUCCUGCCCGCCGGAACACCGCUGCGGGGUCUACACGCAGGUGGUGUGGAGGAAGUCCACGGACCUCGGCUGCGCGCAGGCGGCGUGCCCCAAGGACCACUCCACUUUGACCAUCUGCUUCUACAAUCCGCCAGGAAACAUCGUCGGCGAGAAGCCGUACUAGUUUUUUUGCAUUAUUAAUUGUCGACUCAUUUCCUCAAUUUGUGUGUUCGCAUCCAUUAUUAUAAAUAAAAUUACUACUACUAUUUCA